ACUAUUCUCAUUUUCAUUAUUUUCUUCUCGAUUUUCUCGGAAAAUUCUCUCUCUCUCUCUCUCUGUCUCUCAGAGAUCCCCAAGUGUAAGAGUAAUAGUAGUAGUAGUAGUAUCGAAUCUGGAUGUUAUUGUCGGUUUGAAUCUGUAGUCUAAAGAUGAGGAACGUUAAUAAUAGCGUUGAGACUGUUAACGCCGCCGCUACUGCUAUCAUCACCGCCGAGUCUCGUGUUCAGCCUUCCUCUGUUCAGAAGAGGAGAUGGGCAAAAUGUUGGAGUUUGUAUUCGUGUUUUGGAUCUCAAAAGAACAACAAACGGAUUGGUAAUGCUGUGCUUGUACCUGAACCUGUUGCAUCUGGAGUUCCGGUGGUUACUGUUCAAAACUCAGCUACUUCAACUACAGUUGUUCUUCCCUUUAUAGCUCCUCCUUCAUCUCCAGCUUCGUUUCUUCCAUCGGAUCCUUCAUCUGUUUCUCAUUCGCCUGUUGGUCCACUUUCUCUUACCAGCAAUACAUUUUCUCCUAAGGAACCUCAAUCGGUGUUUACUGUUGGACCUUACGCUAACGAAACUCAACCUGUCACUCCUCCGGUGUUCUCUGCGUUUAUCACGGAGCCCUCCACUGCACCAUAUACUCCGCCUCCGGAAUCGUCAGUUACACCUUCGUCACCUGAGGUGCCCUUUGCUCAGUUGCUUACAUCUUCAUUGGAGCUAACUCGAAGAGAUAGCAGUGGGAUAAACCAAAAGUUCUCAUCUUCACAUUAUGAGUUUCGGUCUAAUCAGGUGUGUCCAGGAAGUCCUGGUGGUGGUAAUCUAAUCUCCCCGGGGUCAGUGAUUUCAAACUCUGGUACAUCUUCUCCUUACCCUGGUAAAUCACCCAUGGUCGAGUUUCGAAUAGGCGAGCCUCCAAAGUUCCUUGGUUUUGAGCAUUUCACAGCCCGUAAAUGGGGAUCGAGGUUUGGUUCUGGAUCGAUCACUCCUGUUGGGCACGGUUCAGGUAUGGCUUCAGGCGCUCUGACACCAAAUGCUCCAGAGAUAAUAUCUGGGAACCUAACACCCAGCAACACCACAUGGCCUCUUCAGAAUCAGAUCUCUGAGGUCGCUUCACUAGCCAAUUCGGAUCACGGCUCUGAAGUCAUUGUGGCAGAUCACAGAGUUUCAUUUGAGUUAACAGGCGAAGACGUUGCACGUUGUCUUGCAAGCAAGCUAAAUCGAUCACACGACAGAAUGAACAACAAUGACAGGAUUGCGACAGAGGAGAGUUCAUCAACAGACAGAGGAAGAAGAAACAGCUUCCAAAAGAUUGAAAGUACAGAGAAUAGAGAGACGGAACAGCAGAGAAUACAGAAGCUGAGUUCCUCAUCGAUUGGAUCUAGCAAAGAAUUCAAAUUCGACAACACGAAAGACGAGAAUAUCGAGAAGGUCGCAGGAAACAGCUGGAGUUUCUUCCCUGGCUUACGUUCUGGAGUCAGCUAACCUAAAUAAACACACGUCUCAUUCUUCUUCUUCAUUACCAAAAAACACUAUAACAACCCUUGAACAUGGAUGGUGAUAAAAAGGUAAGAGAUUGGGUUCUAACAACUUAUACACACACUCAAUAAAUAAGCUAAGCUUUGGUUUACAGUUAACUUCUGUACUGAUGUAGUUAGGAACUUUGGAAUAUUCUUGGAUCAGCUCCUACAUCAUUGAUAUAAGCACUCAUGCCUUGUGAAAUAAAAUUUUAUUUCUUCC